AUGCUGGGAAGAUUUAUUGUAAAAUACAAUAAAUUUUUGAUAAAAAAUAAUUAAGAUUAAGAUUAAGAUUACGCUGGGUAUUUAAGGUCCCUACUACGUCCGAGGUCGCAUGCCACGGUUUCCCGUGUGGUGGCAGAGCGUUCACCAAGCCCGGGCCGAAACCCCCGGUUUCUCGGUAGAGGUAUUGUCAAGGGCCGUCUCAUACCGGCUUUGCUGACCGCCUCCAUUUCCAACUUGGAUCGUCGCCUAAGUUUACGCCAACUCCGCUUCGUCGUCCGCCAGAUCUGCCAAUUGAAGGGCACCUUUUCAACUGGAGAGACCCCCGUUUAGUUGUCUAACUCGCCUUCCCCUCUCUUUCCGGUCAUCCCGAGAAAGAACUCAACAGCUUUCGCCAUUCGGGGCGAGCCACUAAAGCAGCUUAGGCAGGUAAGUCGCCCUGCCUCAUUUCGGGCACUCACUGGGCUGAGCGCUGCUGGGCAAAAAGAAGUCACGAGUAACUGCCCAUGGGUCUGGUCGCAAAAACAGCGGCUCUCGCGCUUAGGCCUCUCGCUUCGAGGUCCCAGACGUUGUUGGACUAACUCCUGGCUCCAAAAACCAUGCCCGGAUAUACAUGGGUAACCACCACUGAGAGGGUGGGUCGGUCGCCAUACGCCAUUUUAUGUAUAUGAUAAAAAAUAAUAAAUAAAAAAAAAUAAUAUUAAUUUGAGAAAGUAUACAAGAGGCUUACUUAAACGGUCUUUUGCAGAACGUACCUAUGGCGGCCUAAAAGACCAAGACCGUAUCUUCACAAAUGUCUACAAAGACAGUGACCCUAUGCUAAAAGGUGCCUUAAAACGAGGCGACUGGCACCAAACUAAAGAUAUCUUAUCAAUGGGCCCAGAUUGGCUAAUCCAAGAAAUCAAAGACAGCGGGCUUCGUGGGCGUGGUGGAGCUGGUUUUCCUUCAGGCUUAAAAUACUCAUUUAUGCCUAAGAAAUCUGACGGCCGCACUUCUUAUUUAGUCGUCAACGCUGAUGAGUCAGAGCCUGGGACUUGUAAAGAUCGCGAAAUCCUUCGUCACGAUCCUCACAAGCUGCUAGAAGGAAUGCUUAUUGUAGGGACCUCUAUGAGGGCUAGAGCUGGCUAUAUCUAUAUGAGAGGCGAGUUUUGGCAUGAAGCCAAUAUCAUCCAAGCUGCAAUUGAUGAAGCCUACGCUGGCGGAUUUUUAGGGAAAAAUGCAUGUGGCUCUGGUAUUGAUUAUGAUAUUUAUCUACACAGAGGAGCUGGGGCUUAUAUUUGUGGAGAAGAAAGCGCAUUAUUAGAAAGCUUAGAAGGAAAACAAGGAAAACCCAGGAUGAAGCCACCAUUCCCAGCAAAUAUGGGGCUCUAUGGGUGUCCGACAACUGUGACGAACGUAGAAACGGUAUCAGUGGUACCAACAAUUAUGAGGAGAGGGGCGAGUUGGUUUAGCUCAUUUGGGAGAAAAGGAAAUGCAGGGACUAAACUGUUUUGUAUUUCAGGGCAUGUAAAUAAUCCUUGUACGGUAGAAGAAGAAAUGUCGAUUCCACUGAAAGAGCUUAUUGAUAGACAUUGUGGAGGGGUAAAAGGAGGAUGGGAUAAUUUGUUAGGGAUUAUUCCAGGUGGAUCGUCAGUGCCAAUUUUGCCUAAAAAAAUAUGUGAAACUGUGCUAAUGGAUUAUGAUGCUUUAAGAGAGGUUCAGUCUGGGCUUGGGACUGCUGCUGUUAUUGUAAUUGAUAAAUCUGUAGACAUUAUUGACUGCAUUUUACGCUUAUCUAAGUUUUAUAAGCACGAGUCCUGUGGGCAAUGUACACCUUGCAGAGAAGGAACGACCUGGCUAGUUGAUAUUUUAACAAGAAUUAAGUAUGGAAAUGCCGAUUUUGCAGAAAUUGAUAUGCUGGAAGAACUUACAAGGCAAAUUGAAGGACAUACAAUUUGUGCAUUAGGAGACGCAGCAGCUUGGCCUGUCCAAGGAUUGAUUAAGAAUUUCCGAGCUGAAAUGGAAGACAGGAUCAAUAAAUAUUGGGCUGAACAUCCUGCAGCUCGCAAAAACCCAGUGGAGUCUGUUAGAAAUAUCGAAACUUUAGAAGGAUACCAAAGAGUGCUUGCGCAAAAGCAUUAA